UCUGUCUUCGGAGAAAAAGAAAAGCAUCAACUGCUUUGUUAGCCCAUUAUUACGAAACGAAAGGCCAUGUACAGAUUGGAGAAAACAGUGUACAAGCAGGAGAGAUAUAACCCAUCUUUUUCUUCUACUCUGCUUGACAAAAUCUACCGUUCCAUCGAUGAUGGUGACACCACAAACGGCGACUUGAAAUUCUACACGGAAACAAUACAAAAGAAACAGAUCAAAGGUACCACGAAAUGCAACAAAAGUAGAGGAUAUGGAGAGGAAGAAGAUGAAGAGAUGUCGAGUCUCCGACAAGCUUGUUUGAUCGAGAAAUGGGUGGAAAACAAGGUUAACGAAAAGGCGAAUGGAGACAGGAAACAGCUUUUCUCUGAUUUCCUAAGGAAAUCACAUCACGAAUAUGGUCAUGAUCGUGAUCAUGACCAUGAUGUGGUUUUCUUUAGCUCCACUUCCACUUCCACUUCCACUUCCACUUCAUCUGAUUCCAGUUCCGGUGGUUUCUCAGCGUCUGACACUGAAUCUAUGCAUGUUACUAAAUCCAAAUCAUCUUGUUUUGUAACAUCGAAGCUGAAACCUAUCAGGACCAGAGAAUCCAUUCGGUCGGAGAAAUCAGUCAAAACAGAGAAAACAGGGUUGCAUAUGCUCGACGAUUAUCAUUAUAGUUCAGCCUCUGACUAUACACCAAAGCUCCACGAAAGUCUUUUCAGUUCAAAAUCCACCAAAAUUUACAGCAAUUUAAAGAAGGUGAAGCAUUCCAUUUCACCAGGUGGCCGACUAGCGAGUUUCAUCUAUUCUCUGUUCACAACAAGCAACACAAAGAAAGCAAGGGGCACUCCAUCUUCAAUCGUAAGUUGUGAUGAUGAACGGAAAUUGAAGUCCGGCAAGGUUUCAACUUGUUCUUCAGCUUCCUCGUUUUCAAGAUCAUGUUUAAGCAAGAACUCGCCUUCCACAAGAGAAAGGCUUCGUAACGGAGUCAAAAGAAAUGUUAGAUUUUGCCCGGUGAGUGUAAUCGUUGAUGAAGACUGCAGACCAUGUGGGCAAAAAUGUAUAUACGAAGAAGAAGACUCGUCAAGUUCAGUGCCGGUUGCCGUGUGGAAAAUCCGGAAAUCUCCAUCGAGAAAGGUCAAAGAGGAAAUAAAAUUCCAAGUAAUGGAAAAAGCUAGGCGAGUAGAAGAAAUGGCUGCAAAGUUUUUGAAAGAACAUCAUCUAAACCAAAGGAAGAACGACUAUAUUUCAAGGGGAAAUCGCAGUAAUUACGUAACGGUGGAGAUGGAUGAAGAUCAGGAUGAUGCAGCUAGCUAUUCGAGUUCGGAUUUGUUUGAGCUAGAUCAUCUUGUUGUUAUUGGUAACAAAAAGUAUAGAGAAGAGCUUCCAGUGUAUGAAACUACUCAUGUAGAAACAAAUCGAGCCAUUGCUAAUGGCUUGAUAGCGUAGUUAAUUUUCACCUUUUUUGUAUCUGUUCUAGUCUUGUUUAUGCAUUGUUUUACGGCCAUUUUUGGU